AUUACUUGCUCUGUGGAAUUCUGUACCUAUGCUUGGUAAUUUAUUUGUAUCUUUUACUUUUCACAUAACUCUGUAUGUGUAAUGAUGAUUUUUAUCUUGAACGUAUUUCUAAAUAUAAAUAUUUGAUGCAGUCUUUGAAAUUAAACGCUGUGAAUUUACCGCAUUGAAUUGUAAAAUCAAGUACAAUGGAUGUGGAUACAGAUGGUAGAAAAUCACGCUCUCGUAGCAGAUCGGUGGCUUCAGACUCGAGGAUGUCACAUGAUGGCUCCACACACUCCAAAAGAAAUUCUAGAUCCCGGUCUCACUCGCGCAGCGUUUCGCGGUCUGCUUCACGCUCCAAGUCACGCUCUCGUUCAAGAUCCCAUUCACACUCAAAGUCCAGCUCGCGGUCUCGCAGCGGCUCUCGGUCGCAUUCACGGUCUCCAUCUGGCUCUCCGAGAUCCGCCAGAUCGAGAAGCGGAUCUCCAGUCAAGGACCGAUCUAGAAGUAGUACACCUCAGUCGCGGUCCAGUCGUGGCUCCCGGAGCAGAUCGGGGUCGAAGAGUGUUUCACCCGCACGUUCUCGUUCAAAAUCUAGAACAAGAUUGAAAUCACGAAGCACAUCUCCAAGGAAGUCGAGAUCUCGCAGUAAGUCUUUGGCUCGCUCGAGAUCGGGUUCGCCGGCUAAGUCAAGGUCUCCUAGCGUAUCGUCCAGAAGAUCCAGAUCGCGGAGCGGGUCACCGCGAAAGUCUAGGUCUCGUAGCGGUAGCUUAAAAACGUCCAAAUCAAGGAGUCCUUCUCCAUCUGUGUCUAAAGAGAAUUCUCCAAGAAAAUUUAAGUCCAAAUCGUGUAGUGUAUCUCCAAAUAAAAAUCGCUCACGGAGUAGAUCCAGAACUCCAGAGAAAAUGGAAUUGGACUGUGAAGAAGGUACGGCGGUCGCGCGGUCGCGCAGUGCCUCCAAAGAAGAAGCUGCAAAAUCUCCUACUGGUGCCCGCCCCAGCCGGUCGCGGUCUGGUUCUAGGAAAUCUAAAUCGCGCUCACGAUCCCGCUCGAAGUCGCCCGGUACAGAAGGUGACAGGAAAAGUCGAUCUCGUUCUCGGUCCGGAUCCAGAAAGUCGGCGUCUCGGUCGCGGUCGCGAUCGCGCUCACGCUCGCGGUCGCGGUCGCGGUCGCAUUCUCCCUCCAGAUCACGAUCCAAAUCGCGUUCUCACUCUCGCUCUGGCUCUCGUUCUCCAUCUCGAUCUCGGUCUCGAUCUAAAUCUCGGUCGAGGUCGCGGUCUGGUUCGCGAUCACGGUCUCGCUCAGGUUCUGCUAAAUCUAGAUCCAGAUCGCGCUCUAGAUCACGGUCGAGUUCCAGAUCCGGCUCCGGCUCGCCGUCACGGAGGGGCACAAAGCGUCGGGCCGUUCGGCUGACGUCGGACGACGAGGGCGCGGGCGAGGAGGCGGCGGCCGCGGCGGAGCCCGGGCGGCGCGGGGGAGGCGGCCGCGGCGGAGGAGGCCGCGGGGAAGGCGGCGGAGGAGGCCGCGCCGGGGAGGCGCCGCCCGCCGCGGACUCCUCCGACGACGAGCUGGCGCCCGAGCCCACCAGCGCGUGGUGCAGCGCCGAGGCGACGGGCGGCAUGUCGGACUUCGAGCUGAUGCUGGCGCGCAAGCGCGAGGAGCGGCGCGGGCGGCGGCGGCGGCGCGACAUCGACAUCAUCAACGACAACGACGACCUCAUCGCGCAGCUGCUGCAGCAGAUGCGCGCCGCCGCCGACCUGGACCGCGACCUCAACCGCCGCAACCAGCCCGCCGUCAAGAAGGUGUCGAUGCUGAAGGCGGCCAUGUCGCAGCUGAUCAAGAAGGACCUGCAGCUGGCCUUCCUGGAGCACAACGUGCUCAACGUGCUGUGCGACUGGCUCGCGCCCAUGCCCAACCGCGCGCUGCCCUGCCUGCUCAUCCGCGAGAGCAUCCUCAAGCUGCUCAUGGAUUUCCCGGCCAUCGACAAGUCGCUGCUGAAGCAGUCGGGCAUCGGCAAGGCGGUGAUGUACCUGUACAAGCACCCCAAGGAGACCAAGGCCAACCGCGAGCGAGCCGGCCGCCUCAUCUCCGAGUGGGCGCGUCCCAUCUUCAACCUCUCCACCGACUUCAAGGCCAUGAGCCGCGAGGAGCGACAGGCGCGCGAUGAAGCCAUGGCGGGCGCACGGCGCCGCGACGACGCGGGGACGGCCGGCCCCACGCCCGCCAAGCGGCCGCGCGACCGCCGCCCAGACCCCGAGCCCGAGCGGGCGGCGCGGCCGGGCGAGGCGGGCUGGGUGGCGCGCGCGCGCGUGCCGCUGCCGUCCAGCAAGGACUACGUGUACCGCCCGCGCUCCACCUGCGACCUGGACAUGAGCCGCGUGACCAAAAAGAAGAUGACCCGCUACGAAAAGCAGAUGAAGCGGUUCAUAGACCAGAAACGCAUGCGCAGCGGGUCGCGGCGCGCCGUCGAGAUCUCCAUCGAGGGCCGCAAGAUGGCGCUGUAGGCGGCCGCUGGCGCGUACUGCGAGGCGGCGGGGCCGGCGGACAGGGGCGCCGGCCCGAACUAGUAGCUUGGCGUCGGUGCCGGCUAAUUAAGAUUAUCUUGAAAAAUAGCGCGUAUAUGAUUACAAAAUCCUGUGGGAGGGUCCCGUCGCAUGUGUAUAUAAAAUAUUACAUGCGUUGCAAGUACUGCGGCACUAUCACAUUGUAGGGGCGAGUGUUGGCCGCGACCGUUAUCGUGCCGCAUACCAUGCACGCGCUGUACAGUCCGCCACUGUUCGCUACCACUGUACCUACAUGGUCGCGGCCAACACUAGCCCCUUGGAACGAUCCGAUACCGACUAGUCGUGUAGUCAACCCGUUUAUCCCGCUUGCUGUACGGAUGAGAUUGUAUGAGGGCGUGGUGUCCAGCAUUACAUUACAUUACAUAUACUAUUACUUUUACAAUUGUAUACUGUAUUUGAUAAUGAUAAAUGUCAUAUUGUUCACAACACACGACCAUAAAAGAUGACUCGAUUAGCUUUAUAAAUGUAUAUUUAUAUUUACAAUAUUAUAUUACAUUGAAAAAUGUAACCUUUCAUUUUAACUCAUUUUAAAAUAUUUUCCAUUAAUCUGUCCUCUUCUUAUAAUGUUACAAAAGUUACUUAUCAAUAACACGCUGGGCAAUACUAUUGUUAUCAUUCCUCUAGACUUUCUUUUAAAUAUAUAUGUUUCAUGUAAAAUCAUAAUUUCCUUCGAUCAUUCUGUCCACCUGAACUAUAUUCUAUGUGUUGUGGUAUGCUGCGGGCGACGGCCGUGUGUGCACGCGGUGGCAAUUUAAUAUUUUGUGUGAAUAGUUCUCUUAACUGCAUAAGUUACGUUUUAGUAAUUAUUUCGUUGUGGCUUCAGUGACCCGCAGUAUGUUGCGCCGCGUAGAGUAUAAAACGCAACUCAAACAUAGCUGUCGUAUGCACGAGUACUACAUUAAUGAAAAGAGAAGUUAUUGAAAAUUUAAAUUAUUUUAACCUCAGUUACAAAUUAUAAAAGUAUAAUUUAUUACAUUUAGUCGUGUUUCAUGAUCGAACCUCGACAAUUAUUCAAGCGCACGCCCGACAGUGGUCCAGCUCACAGUCUAUAUGCAUUGUCUACGAUCAUAGAAUGUUUCAUGGCGUGUACAUUGUACAUCCUCACUGACAGCCGGAGACGGACUGUGUCCAGAUAUUGUGGUUUGUCUACAUGUUGUUUUAUAUAAUGUUUUAUACUUAUUUAUAUAUUAAUUUGAUUGUUAUUGUCUAAGUGUGGAACCAACGGACAGGCGGCGCGUGUUCCGAGUCGUGUCCCGUAGGCUAGUUAUUGUAAUUUGAUCAACGCACAACUUGGACACUUGAAGUAACACGUGCGGAGCGUGUUUCGUUUACUAAUUACGUGACGGCGGCGGCGCUCGCUCGCGCUCGACACGUGCACGCGUCCUGCCUGCGUGUGUGUGUGAUGUAAACUAUUGCACUUGAAAUUAAAUCUACAAUCCUAUAUCAGCUAUAGCAAGUUUUAUAAUAAGUUUAGUUGAUGAUGCUCUAUAAAAUAGUAAUUACGCGAAACUAUCAAAUUAAAAUAUAUCAAAAUGGCGCCUCAGAACCAACUCGUGUGUUUGUCGCUGGUCAAGAAUUUCGGUGACGGUCAAGCCUGAUUGAGCGGCCGCUAUAUUUGCUCGCUGCCUGAAUCGAGCCACUGAGUGCUUGACACGCGCUCGAUUCAAAUUUUUACUUGACGCGAAGACUUGAUCAUCAUUACACUUUGAUAAUAAUACAUUAUUAUUUAAUGAAAUAAGUAGAAUAAAUAAUUGAGAGAACUAUAACCAUAAUUUAUAUAAGUUUAUAAAUACAUAUAUGGAGCCACUUAACAUGUGUAUGAAGCGGCUUGAUUAAGCCUAUAAGUCGCUAAAUGUACGUGCUGGAUUGAAGCCGCUGCUGUUGCUGCUUGACCGUCUCCGCAGCUUGUCGUGUGCGGGAGUGGCGGCCGUCGUCCAUCGCGUGUAAUAAUUGUAUUUAAGUUGAAAUAAACGUGUACACACAAC